AUGCCAUUUAUUGAAUUUUUUUACCACAAUGCUAGUGUCUCUGUGUUGAAUCAAGAAGCCUUAUCUUAUAUGAGGAAUGAUGAACCAGUUGGAAUUUUAAUAGAUAUGUGGAGAUUAAUAAUUUUAGUUAUGAAUAAUAAAGACACAUUAUUUAUAAAUUCAAGUAAAAUGGUUUUAUUAUAUUUAAGAAUUUGAAUUUAAAGAUCAGUCAAUGUAUAAUAAUUAAAAUAACGAAAUAAUUCUUAAUUUUUUUCAAAUUUAUGAUUAUUCAGUAUCUCAAAGCUAUAUUGAAAAUUAAUUUGAUUAUAAUAGGUCGGUUUAUGAUUUAUCACCAAUUAUAGUAUCAGGUAUUGGAUAAUAAUUAUAAAGAAAACUAUUUAUUUGUAUUUUUGGAUAAUUUUUGGCCUGUAGCACUUAAAAUAUUAAUAUAAAUUUUUAUUUACUUUGCUUAUUUAAUAUUGCCAUGGAUAUUGAUUAAUUUAAACUUUAUUGCAUUCUUCAUACUUGAUUAUGUUGAAGAUAAACCCUAUUCUUUUAAAAUAAAAGAAUCAUUUAUUUGGUUUGGUGGAUAGAGCAGACCAGAAACAGAUAAUAUUUGUAAGUAAGUAUAUAGAUUUGUUUUUGCAAUGGUAAGUUUCUUAAUAGUAAUAAUAUUAUUUUCGGACUUUAUUUAUUUGAUAAUAAAUUCAUUGGCAAAAUCAAAUUUUAAUACUAUUUAAGAUAUGAAAGAUAUUAAUGCAAUUGCUUGUUAUUUCGAGCAGGAUCAAUUUCUUUAAAAUCUAUUUGAUAGGGACAGAGGCUUAUAAAGAAAAAUUGGUGAUAGUUAAUUAUAAUGCAUGUAAAUGCUAAAUGAAUAAAUUGUUGAUGUUGUAAUAAUGAGCGAAUUUAAUUUAUUAAUAUUUUUAGAAUAACAUAAAAUGUAUUUAAGUAAAUUAAGAUAUUAAGUUAAAUUGAAUACAAAUAUUGCUCAUCAUAUUUUAAUUAAUAAAAAUGAUCCCCUAUGGUUUAGGAAAGAAUUAAAUGAUGCUAUAGAUGUAAUAUAAAAGCAAAAACUAGAUUUGAUGAUUAAAGAAAAGCAUUUACCCACUAAAUUAUAUAAUUCCAAAAAUAAAUCAAUAAUGCCUUAUUAGCCUACUCUUUAGUUAAUAUGUGCAAUACUAUCUAUUUUAUUUAUUAUCGUCAUUUAAAUCACCUUAGUUCUUUAAGAGUUUAAUAUAUUUAAGAACAAAAUAAAAAUUAAAUAUUUCCCAGAUAAAAUUGGAUCUAAAGUAAAAUAAAAUUGA